GGCCAUCGGUCGGUCGUCAAACCGUUGCAACGGGACAACCACACCGCCUAAAUUCAAGAGAUCUAGUGGAGGAACUCUUUGGGUGUAAAGACAAUGGUAUUCUAUUGGUCUCCAGCUGAACAUUUCGACGGCCGCUUGACGCAUUGACGUGGGCCGACUGCAAGACCAACCACACUGUCGCUCUUCGUGAAUGUUGCAGAGUGGCGAAAACAAGAGAAACGAGCUGGGUCCCGCAGUGGUGAAAGGUAUUGGCAUCUCAUCUGUAGGCGAAUACACUUUGGCUAAAAAUCUGAAAGGAAGAUAGCCGCCACAAGCACAGUUGAGUCAAAAAAUCGGUUGCCGUAGUCCCAGCUCCACAGAGCGACAGGCUUAUUUUAUAUACCAGCCUCGUUCCCUUCAACGAUGGAGCACUGAAUGGACAGUAGUGCUGCAUGCAGAGUGUGAUGUCCCUGAUGUCAUGCAGAUAAAUUAGGCUUUUGCACAAGUUUUCGAAGAGCUUCGUAGAAUGGAGAUCUAUAAAGUAUCUCGAUGAGUCCCCACCGGACAUUAAAGAAUUCGCUGUUUUUGUUUCAGUCCUAUGCCUUCCUGGAAAAAAAACUCCAAGUAUAUUGAAGGUCUUGAUCCUUAAACAAAUAAUGCAACCUGGUACAGAGUUCUACCAGAUGUUAUUGUUAUCAGCCAGUACACAAACUGGUAUAAUAUGAGCUGUUGGCAUAUUGCUCAAGAUUUGGAUCCUGAAGCUCAGGAAACUGGCAGCGUAUCGUACAACGCUAACAGAUUUGAGGGUCGGCACCAGUGCGGAAAGCUAAAGAACCUUGAGCUUUUGCCCCCACUCUCGCAUAUUCUGCUUCAGUCAUUGCAAAAUUGAAGACACCAUGUAACCAAUUCACAGAAGGAAUAUUCGAAGAGGCUCAAGCUCAAUACACUGAUCACGCUGGAGUUUGAUCCAGCGCUGCUCGUUGUCUAUGUAUCAAGAAAAGCUCCGUAGAAAUAAUUUUUUAGUAACCUAUUUUCGCUUUGCAAGACACACCCCACCGGAUGGUCAGCUCACUCACUGUCUCCCCUCUCCUCACUUUUCCGCAAAAUCAAUUGCAGAAGAUAUUCAUGAAAGAUGUGUGUACUCACACCACUACUGCAUGCGGAGGAGGUUUUCUGUUUGAAAUGGGGAGAACGGUGACGCCACCAGCUCCACGCAGAGUCAGCAGUGCAUCGUCCAACCCACAAGUGCAAACAUCUGGCUCCCUCCUGUCUUCAGUAGGAGCAUAAGCAGCAGUGUAAGCUCUUCUCUACUCUGACCCAAGUGAAAAUGGAUGAAUCCAUUAUCCCGUCGCAUACAUGUAUUCCACGACAAGGUCCUCAUGAAUGGAGAUAGUACCGUUGUCUGCAAGGCCCAGUUCCUCAAUCUUCCCUGUGCUGCCAAGUAUCUCCACCACAAGCUCGUUGAGACCUCGUCCUGGCAAAUGGAGAAUUUCAAGAAGGGCUGCAAGAUCCUGCAGGACUGUCGACAUCCCAAUAUCGUUGCUUUCCUCGGUCUCCACAGCGAUAAUCGCCUGACGCAGCCGAUCCUGCUCAUGGAGCUGAUGGAUCAAAGUCUAAAGGAAUUCUUGGAUCACCGUAAAUUAGAUCUCCCGCUUUACCUGCAGCUUGACAUCUGCAGUGACGUGGCUCAGGGUCUAGAAUACCUGCAUGCACAGGACAUCAUCCAUGGAAACCUGACAGCCACCAACGUUCUGGUCAAGAGGGGGAGGGCAAAAAUCUGUGGGUUAAUGACCCUACAGCCAAUCAACACCCCAGAUGGGGAGCGUUCAUUGUGCCCAGGGGCACCAGAAAGCAUGCCACGUCGCUCCUUUAGCUGUGCCGACUACGACGAAGCCAUCGACUGCUUUUCGUUUGGAGUUCUCGGAAUUCACAUUGCCACAAGGGAGCUACCUAAACCUCACUCUCACGUUCGCGAGUUGACUGAGGUUGAGAGGUACGAAGCGAGUCUGCAGAAGGUUGAAGAGGAAAAGCAUCCUCUGUAUCCACUCAUCAUAAAGUGCUUCAAUGACAAGGACAGCUUCCGACCAUCAGCCACAAAGCUCUGUCAGGAUCUGGACAACAUGAUCAAGUCCUCAGCCUAUCGCAACAGCCAAUCAGCAGAGCACAUUUCUACUGAACUGGUCGGCCUCCAAAUCGAAUACUUUCAAGACAGACUCAGUGAAAAAACUGAAGAAAAUAAGGUCCUGAAAUGCAAGCAGAGUGAGCAUGUAUCAACUAUUCAAGCACUUCGUAAAAAGCAGACUGAUAUGGAAGCAUCAAUGGAAUCUAUGAGAAAUAGUCUCUCAAUGAUGACUCUGACAAAUAAAGACCUCGCAGAAAAAGCUGAAGCAGCCACCAAUGAACUGGAAGAAUCAAAGAAGCAAAGGAGUGAAGCAGCGCAUGAGAAGGACCGAAUGUGCAAAGAUCUAUGGAAUGAAAAAUCUAGGGGCCAAAUAAUGCGCGGCAAGAUAGAGGAACUCAAGAAACAAAAAGACGACUACAAAGACAAGCUUGAAGAAUCUGACAAGGGCUUCGCA